CCAUGUUAUACUGAGCUGUUAAAACGUAAUAUUAGUGCUGAAAAUUGAAUUUAGGCGAUAUAUUUGGAAAAGUGGUUUUUAUUAUAGUCCCAGUGUUAUAUUGCGAGCUGAAAAUGUGCGUAGUGCGGUUUCAGAUGCCGCGAAGCCGAGUUUUAUAGACAUCGCCUGAUCGUCCAUUUGACUGUGUCGUUCGUUUUUCCAGGGACCGCCGGGCAAGUUUUGUAGUUGUGGAAUAUUUGCGAAUUUAUUAUUAUGUGCUUAUGUAGUGCGUUAGGUAGUGAAUCAAUGUUCCGCCAGUUUCGGCAUAUCGCGUAGUUUGUAAUGAUGUAUCCGGACGUCGCUCGCGUAUCGACCGACAAAGACGAAUCUUGUGGACUGUCCAUAUUGCACCUAGGAGCGUGUGGUUGCUGACCAGCUUGAUAAGAUAAUCGGUGGGCGAGGGCCGGGCCCGACGAGGGCGUGAGGACAUUAGCGCCUUUGUUAUGAAUAAUUUACAAAGCAACGACAAUAACACCCCAUAUCUGCGUAACGCACAAAAUGCCAGUUCGAAAUCAGACCGCCGCGAGCGGCAAAAAGAUAGCCAUCUGAAAACUCACGGUCACUAAUGGCGCUUGGAAGACUAUUUAUCCUUCUCGUCAUAGUCGCGAUCGUGAUCGGCGAUCAACAUGAAGUCAAAACAGAAAAUAAAACGAAAAAGACCAUGGCGGCGGAAAAGGAGACCAGGUCGGCUAAUCCGAAAGACCGCGGCUCUUUAAAACAGAUAUCGAGUUUGCUGAAAAACAAUACGAAGCCAGGGCGGAAGAAAAAUAUAUUGAGACAAUUGAAUAUUGAUGAUAUGAUGAAUGACAACGAAGGAGUAUUAACUGUGCAUGAGAAGCCAUCGAAUGAUUCGCUAGCGCGUAAGAUUGACGCGCUGAGGCCAUCGGGUCCAAACUAUACUCCUGCAUCGGUGAAUACGUACACCCCACAAGUGGUAGGAGUGUAUUGUAACUUUGAGAACGCGUCGAACGUGACGGACAUGUGUAUGUGGCAGUGGAACGCGUCUGUGUCGCGACACGGGCUGGGGUUCUCCGUGGCGACGGCUGCGGACCUGGUGCUGCUGAACAAGACUACGCGGGGGCUCAAGUUUUCGGGACCUCCGACGGAUGCGGAUGGAGAUGUUGAUGGUCACUUCCUGUACCUUCCGGUGGACCCCACGAUGGAGAACAUGGUCAUACGGUCACCCCUCUUCCGAGGACUAUGGGAAACUUGCCAGUUCGAAGCCUGGCUCCACCAGAGCAGGAUGCAAAACGCCAGUAUACGUCUAGUCUCCGAGUCAGAGUCGGGGAUCCAGUGGAUUUUGACUGAAGUCACCGGGAAUAACUAUGAAGAAUGGCGAUAUUUCAAAGUGAAAAUCGCCAAAAUCCAGCAAGAGGUCAACAUUAUGGUGGAGAUCACUCGGCCAUCGUUCGUCAGUCUGAACAGUCCGCUGCCUCACAUCGCCAUAGACAACAUCAGGAUGGUGGACUGUGUUCCUGAACCACCUAUUUAUAAUGGGCAGUGCAAGCCGCCGCAGCAUAAAUGCGAAAUCAUGGGCAAGGAAUCGUGCAUCAAGCUACAGCAGGUGUGUGAUCUGGUGAAAGAUUGCGAUAAUGGCAGCGAUGAGAACCAAAACUGCGAUAAAAUGCCCUAUGGCUCGUACUGCGACUUCGAGCAGGACUUUUGCGGUUUUGAAAAUAUACCUCAACCAAUCCUACAAUGGGUUCGCCACAGCGGCCCAACGCCAACCGACAAGACAGGCCCGAACCACGACCACACAUGCGGACCCCCAGAAACCCACUCCCCUAUAAAAGUCAUCCCUCCCCUCUUCCCAGCCCACAUGAACUAUACAUUGACCCACUGUGUAGGGUAUUAUUUAUUUGUGAACAUGAACGUGACUGGACCUAAUCAGGAGAAGGCGGAUUUCGCUUCGACGGCGGUGAUGAAGUCGGUGGUGUUUAAUCCGCCUCCGAGGCUGCAUGGGCGACCGUCCUCGAGAUACUAUAAUUGUUGUAUGAUUCGUUUCUACUAUCAACAAAAUGGCCGAAACACCGGGUCUCUGAGCGUAAACGUCGUAGAACUGUCCACGCGCGGCAACAUCUCGCAUCAAGUCUGGUUCUCGCACAGAGACAAAGGCGAGAACUGGUUACGAGCCAUUAUAUUCCUGCCUAAUAUUACUAGACGAUAUUACCUCGAAUUCAAAACUCGGAGAGGAAUGAGGAUUUACUCGGACGCCGCCAUCGACGACUUUUCUAUGGCGCCCGAGUGUUUCGGGCUCAAUAUAGACCCCGACGAGUUAGGAGACUAUAAUUAUUACGAUCCUGUGUUCGAGGAAAAGACUACGCCCCAUCAUGCCUUUGCUGAUAAAACCUUCUACCGAUUCACAACCUGCGGUGCCACGGGCCGCUUCGGGCCCAACCAGACGUUGUGCGACGCGGCGUAUAACCAAACAGGCUUAUCUGUCAACGUCCACAGCGGCGUACAAGUGUGGCAGGUCCCUCAUGAAGGGCUGUAUACGAUAAUAGCAUUAGGUGCGAGUGGGGGUCUCGGUGGGAGUUGGGUAGGCGUAGCCCAUGGAGCGUCAGUAAGAGCUCUCUUCGAAUUACACAAAGGGGAGAAAAUUCAUAUGUUGAUGGGGCAGCAAGGACUCAACGCUUGUAAGAAGGGUCUAUCGGCUCAGGAAACGCAAGAAUGCAACAAGCGUGCCAACGACUCGGCGAUCAUCUUCACAAGCAAAACGCACGAGGUCCGGAACACGCAUGUCCAAGAUGGCGGCGGCGGCGGCGGUGGCGCCACCUACGUCUUCCUUAUUGACAAAGAAGGCCAAGAGUUCCCCCUCCUAGUGGCAGGUGGUGGUGGGGGUAUUUCUCUAGGCACUUUCCACGACGAUGGUUCACAGCAUGCUCGGCCUGCCACCAACGCUACUCCCGAGUCAGGUUACAUGUACGGUCAGCCUGGACAAACUCCUGGUGCUGGAGGUGGAUGGGUAGCCGGCGCGAAACCCAUCACACCUGGCUUCGAGUUAGUUAGAGGUGGCGCGCUAAAAGAUGGCGCUAUCGGCGGCCUUGCGUGUGUUGGGCAAGCUCAUGGCGGCUUCGGAGGGGGUGGGGGUGGCUGCAGGAGGGGGGGCGGGGGAGGAGGAUGGAUAGGUGAGUUUACUAGUAAAACCAGGCGUGUCUCACAUAUUGGCCACAUUGUAGCUAGGGUCAUUGGCGUCCAUAAGGUUAACUUCGACCAAUUUUCAGGUGGCAGUACAAAUGAGGGCCAUGGUCAUCACAGUGAAGGAGGGUGGUCAUAUGUGGACACGGCACGGGCUAUUAGAGAUUAUAGCGAAGUGACUGUCGGACAGAGAAGCAGUCCUGGAGAGGUGCUGAUCAUACCCGCUAUACACGACUGCGGUUGCGCAUAUCGCUGUGUGGCACUAAACGAGCACCGGAGCGAAGUUCGUUGCUACUGCCCCUCUACUUGGACCACUGAUGUCAACGACCCUACCAAGUGUAUACUGGAAGAAUCAUGGACAAACAUGUCCAAUAUGCUGGUGUGGGUGCUCGGAGUAUUCUGUUUUAUCUUCGCGCUGAUAUUCGUCAUUGGAUGUCUGUACAUGUACAACAUUUACCAGCGUCGGAAAGAGUCGGAACUCCGUCAGAAGCACCUCCUCGAACAGGAGGUCCAGUUGCACCGGCUGAGGAACGCGCCUGGAGGCACUGAGAACCCUCUGAGCAUGGCGUUCAACCCCCACUAUGGGAGCGAAAACAUUCUGCCGCAAGGCAUCGAUGUUAGGGGACUGCCGCAAGUUUCAAGAGAAGCCUUGAAGUUGGUCAAGGCCCUCGGACAAGGCGCGUUCGGUGAGGUCUACCAAGGCCUCUACCGCCACGGGGCCAACAACCAAGAGCUCCCUGUAGCAGUCAAAACCCUCCCAGAAUUAUCUACGGGGCAGGCGGAAAGCGACUUCCUCAUGGAAGCGGCCAUCAUGGCCAAGUUCAGACAUGCUAACAUUGUGCAUCUCAUCGGAGUGUGCUUCGAUAGUCAUCCCAGAUUUAUAGUACUCGAGCUCCUCGCGGGAGGAGACCUCAAGAAUUUCCUUCGAGAGUCUCGACCGAGACCAGAGAGGGCCAGCGUGCUCACUAUGAAAGACUUGCUGCUGUGUUCAAUAGAUGUGUGCAAGGGCUGCAAAUAUCUGGAGUCCAACCGAUUUAUACACAGGGAUAUCGCAGCACGCAAUUGCCUGCUGUCUUCCCGCGGGCCGGGCCGUGUUGUCAAAAUAGCAGACUUCGGGAUGGCGCGAGACAUAUACCGAGCAGAUUACUAUAAGAAGGGUGGGAAGGCCAUGCUGCCUAUCAAAUGGAUGCCACCGGAGGCGUAUAUAGAUGGGGUGUUCACCAUUAAGACUGAUGUCUGGUCGUUCGGAGUGCUUCUCUGGGAGGUGUUCUCAUUAGGCGUGAUGCCGUAUACUGGCUGCGCUAACAGAGAAGUCAUGGAGAUGGUCUCUAGCGGCGGCCGGCUCGAAAAACCCUACGGUUGUCCUCAUGACAUCUACCGGCUGAUGUGUGACUGUUGGAACCCGACGCCAUCGGAGCGGCCCUCCUUCGCCAACAUGCUGAUUCAGCUCGAGUGUUUCUUAAAGGACCCGGAAAUCGUGAGCGCGCCCCUCCCCGUGGUGCGCUCCCUGCUACCUCCCACCGAGGUUCAGCUCAACAAUGGCCCGCAGCGCGCGCCGCCCUCGUGCGACUACCUCGAGCCCACGCCGCGCGCCGACCCGCCGCCGACCUCUAGCUCAACGGAUCAGCUGGUGCCUCAUAGCAAAUCGCCAACGGCGACGCCGGACCAUCCAGGAAUAGAGGAUUCACAAUAUCCACCUCUACUGAAAGCAUCACAAGGAUAUGGCAACAUUCCAAUGGCGUCGCGGCGCGACAGCGGCGGCGCAAGGCGCGAGGCUGCUACUCCCGCCGGCGAGAUCAACACCACCACAAAGUUUCUGCCGUCUAACUCCACUGACAGGUUACUAAGUUCAGUGGACGGCGGUUCAGUGGACUCAGACUCGGCGUCGGAAGACGGGCCCGCUGUGUGGGAAACCUCGUUUUCGGAGCGACCCGAGCGGCCCGCGGACCCGGGGCCGGCGGUCGACAAACUAAUCAGCAUAACCCCAACGUCACCCAAGCCCCCGGAGAACGCUCUCUCCAAAGCGAUAGACGCCAACGUCAACAUCAUGGACAAAACCAACCACAGCAAAAACAGCCUCAUGCCAGAGCGAAAGACUGCCCCCAUAGCCUCCCCCGACCCACCCCGAAUCACCGCCUGGGCCAAAGAACCUCCUAAACUUAAACCCAAACCCCUCUGCUUAGACGCAGCCCAACUAGAACAAAACCUAAACGCAUUAAAAAAGAAUUCAGGCUCAGUAAACCUGACGACGAUGAACAUCCUUCCACCCCCAUAUUUCAACGUAGUUACCCCUAACAAGAUAUCCGAAUCUAAAACUAUACAGAUCGAUCCUAAGAAAGCUGUCAUCCAGGAUCUAAGUCCAAGAGAAGAGCCUAAAGAGGAAAAAACUAAGCUAAAACAGUCAAAUUCAGCAGCUAGUUUGCUAAACGGUCCUAUGACGGAUGUUCCGUACGCGGACAGUGAUAAUGCGUCGUCGAGUUCGGGCAGCAAUGGACAGAAUCAGAUCAAUAAUCAGAAGAAUAAGAACUACUCUGACGUCAUCGUUGGUGAGAGGAAGCUUAUUAAACAGGGUAGCAAUGGGGUCGCCGAGUCUGAGAUUAGUUGUUAAAGUGUAAGGCGUGGUGAAGCGAAGCUGGA